AUGGCCGCCUCGCUCAGCCAAGACCAAAUCUCCCAGUACCGGGAUGUCUUCAAGAUCUUCGAUAAAGAUGGAAACGGACACAUAACUGCCGAGGAACUUGGCGAAAUCAUGGGCUCUCUCGGCCAAAAUCCUACCGAGACCGAGUUGAAGGAUAUGGUCGAUGAGCUGGAUUUGGACCGGACUGGGACCAUUGAUUUUGAUGAAUUCCUCGUCAUGAUGUCUCGCAAAGUCAAAGACGCGGACCCCGAGGCAGAGCUCCGCGGGGCCUUUGAAGUGUUUGAUCAGGACAAGAACGGCACUAUCAGUGCAGAUGAGCUCCGGAAGGUGUUGACAUCUAUCGGGGACGAUGUUACGGAUGCGGAUGUCGAUGAGAUGUUGAAGCUGGCAGAUGUUAAUGGCGAUGGAAGUAUCGAUUACCAGGAAUUUGUGAGGUUGAUGUCGCAGAAUUGA